UGCUCUGUGACUGGACCGUUGCCCAGAAGCACUUCGAACUGACUGAAGGCUGGGGCAGCUGUGGGAGUGGCUCUUUGGGGGGCUUUUUUACAAGCAGGGUGACCUGAACUAGCUACUCCAGGUGGAAAGUCUAGCGACCCGGGGACCAACCCUUGCGAGCUGGCCGGAUAGACUAGCCCAACUUUUGUUUGGGGUAGGGUUGGUUGCAGAGCUAGAGCGCCCCGGAGGAUCGUCUUUUUAAAAAUUUUUGGGGAGGAUGGCAAACUCGGGUCUUCAGCUGUUGGGGUUCACCAUGGCCGUUCUGGGGUGGGUGGGACUGAUAGUCUGCACCGCGAUCCCUCAGUGGCAGAUCAGCUCCUAUGCGGGGGACAACAUCAUUACUGCCCAGGCGAUGUACAAGGGGCUCUGGAUGGAAUGCGUCAGCCAGAGCACCGGCCUCAUCAACUGCAAGACCUACGACUCAGUCCUGGCUCUGCCUGCUUCUCUGCAGGCCACCCGGGCCCUAAUGGUGGUAUCCCUGGUUUUGAGCUUCCUAGCCAUGAUGGUGGCCACCAUGGGCAUGAAGUGUACACGAUGUGGGGGUGAUGACAAGGUGAAGAAGGCUCGAAUAGCCAUGACAGGGGGCAUUGUCUUCAUUGUGGCUGGUCUUGCUGCCCUUGUUGCUUGUUCCUGGUAUGGCCACCAAAUAGUAACAGAUUUUUAUAACCCAUUGGUCCCUAUGAAUACUAAGUAUGAAUUUGGAUCUGCUAUUUUCAUUGGCUGGGCUGGCUCUGCCCUGAUUAUCUUGGGGGGUGCACUCCUCUCUUGCUCUUGCCCAGGUAGUGAGGGCAAAGCAGGGUACCGGACCCCUCGAUCUUACCCCAAGCCCAAUUCUGCUAAGGAGUAUGUAUGAAAGAGCAGAAUUCUUUAUAUACAAACCCCAUUCCCCUCCCAACACCCCAAACCAGGGCCUGAAAUAUAAUUCAAGAUAGGGAUAAGAGGAAACCAGAAGAGAGAUCUGAGCCAGUGGGAAAGUGGGAGGGAAAGAAUUCUCCAGGACCUUCCAUCUACUCUUGAUGUAGUGUACUGGAAGGCUAGGGGCAUGGGGAAGGGGAGGUGGGAGGUAGAUAAAAGGGUAUGUGUUCUUUUUGUAUAAUAAUAAAGUUUGUGUUUUGGA